CGGCAUCAUUUCCGCCUACAAUACGCAUAACGUAGCAUGUGUUUCAAGCGGAGCUCUUCGUCCUAACUACUGGAAGUGCCCUACCUCCAUUCUCGGGCUCUGCCUUGGGUUGAUCGGACCGAGUCCGAGCGCACCAUCCGGGCCACGGCCCGGCGACCGGCCAGUGCUUAACUCAGCCCGUGCAUUAUCUAGUUACCCGGCACCUUAUCAUCUUCAUCUCGCCGCCCAACACCAGCGCCCUACCCCACCUCCCCCCAAAUGCCGACCCCUACAGCAGACACGCGGCGCCCUGCGGCGACGACACGGCUCUGCGCGCACUGCAACGUUGAGCGGGCCAAGAUCCAGCGGGCCAAGACGUACGAGCGACUGUGCAUCUCCUGUUUCAUCGGCGUCUUCGAGCUCGAAACGCACCAGACAAUAGUGGCGAACCGGCUGUUCCACCGGGGCCAAAAAGUUGCGAUCGGCGCUUCGGGCGGGAAGGACUCGACCGUGCUGGCCGCCGUGCUGAAGACCCUCAAUGAGCGCUAUGACUACGGCGUCGAGUUCGUGCUGUUGUCCAUCGAUGAGGGCAUUAAAGGUUACCGCGAUGAUUCCCUCGAGACUGUCAAGAGGAAUGCGCAACAGUAUGGAAUGGAGCUGUGUAUUGUCGGCUACAGGGAGCUGUAUGGUUGGACUAUGGACCAGGUCGUCGAGCAGAUCGGAAAGAAGGGGAAUUGCACCGUGUGUGGAGUGUUCCGACGGCAGGCACUGGACCGUGGAGCGGCGAUGCUGGGCGUGAGCCACGUUGUCACGGGGCACAACGCCGACGACAUGGCGGAGACCGUGCUCAUGAACCUCCUCCGCGGCGACCUCCCGCGGCUCCACCGGUGCACCUGCAUCGUGACCUCAAGCGCCUCGUCGCCCAUCUCGCGCAGCAAGCCAUUAAAAUACGCGUACGAGAAGGAGAUCGUGCUGUACGCGCACCACCGCAAGCUCGACUACUUCUCGACGGAGUGCAUCUACUCGCCGGAGGCGUUCCGCGGCAGCGCGCGCAGCUUGAUCAAGAGUCUGGAGCGCGUGCGGCCCUCGGCAAUCUUGGAUAUUGUCCGCUCUGGCGAGGCGUUCGCCGAGAUGGUGCCGGAGGAGAUCCGCGGAUCCGCAUGCGCCGGUGAGGCGAAAAGGAAAACUACCAUUGAUGUCGCGGCGGAUAGGCAGGCUGAGGCCGAGGCGGAGGAGGGGGGGUGUACGAAAGGGACUACGGGGGAUCCGUCGCUGGGCGGCGAAAUGUCGCAGUUUGAGAGGCAGCUUACGGAAACCGAGAGGGCGGAGCACCGGGAGACGGAGAUCACAUUACCGCCACCGACUAACAAGAAGGGUGGCAAAGGUAAAGAGAAGAAGGAGCAGCUGUCGAAGUUCAAGAAGCAACAGCUGGGGUCAUGCCUGAAGUGCGGCUACAUGAGCUCGCAGGAGCUAUGUAAGGCCUGUGUGAUUCUGGACGAUCUGAACAAGAACAGGCCGAAGAUUGAGGUGGAGCUGGACGACGAGGAUGAAGACGCGAGUUCGAGUGUACGUCGCAAGAUGGAGGCAUUGGAUCUCAGGAGGUCACUAGUGGAGGUUGAUGCCUCAUGAGGAUAUCAGUAGGUACCGGUGUUUCACAGUAAGGAAUAAUAUAUUAUUCAUACCUAUCGCCUUGCCAGAAGCUGCGGAAUCUGCAGCAUUGAGGGUUUAUACUGGGCUUGGCUAGAUACCCGAACCUGGCAUCAUCCCUGAAUCCUAGCGAAAGUGCCCCAUGGGUGAAGCUUUCAACUCAAUCGCACAACACC